UGGAGCGCGUCCUCCGCAGCAGGCCGCCGCGGUGUGGGUGCGGGGGCACCGGGCCACCUCGCAAGGUGUGUCGCCGGGUGGGACGGGCUCCGACAGGCCCGAGAGCGGAGAGCAGCCCCCGGCCACGCAGAACUGCAAGUGGAGAGCACUGCCCUGGACGUGGGACACGGUGGGGAAGAGUCAGGAUGGGCACCGCUGGCCCCUGGCCCCUGCUGGUUUCCACAAGACGGGCUUGCCUCUUCCUCCUCUUCUGCCUGCGGGUAGGUGCCUCCUGCCCUCACCCUUGCCGGUGUCCUGAGCAUGCUGGGGCGGUGGCUGUCCACUGCAGUGCGAGGGGCCUCCAGGAGAUCCCCAGGGACGUCCCCACAGAUGCCGUGCUCCUGAAGCUGGAUGCGAACAAAAUCUCCCACAUCCCCAAUGGAGCCUUCCAGCACCUGACCCAGCUGAGAGAGCUGGACUUGUCUCAAAACUUCAUCGAGACCAUCAGUCCUGCUGCCUUCUCUGGCCUGGCCGGGGGCCUGCGGCUGCUGGACCUGUCCCACAACCGCAUCCGGAGGGUCCCCAAGGAUGCCCUGGGCAAGCUCAGUGCCAAGAUACGCCUGUCCCACAACCCCCUGCACUGCGAGUGUGCCCUGCAGGAGGCCCUGUGGGAGCUGAAGCUGGACCCUGACUCAGUGGAUGAGAUCGCCUGCCACACCUCCGUGCAGGACGAGUUUGUGGGGAAGCCCCUGAUCCAGGCCCUGGACUCUGGCGUCAGCUUCUGCAGCAUCCACCACAAGACCACUGAUGUGGCCAUGCUGGUCACCAUGUUCGGCUGGUUUGCCAUGGUGAUCGCCUAUGUGGUGUACUACGUGCGCCACAACCAGGAGGACGCCCGGCGGCACCUGGAGUACCUCAAGUCCCUGCCUAGUGCCCCUGUUUCCAAGGACCUCGUUGGCCCUGUGCCCUAGUGCCUGCUCCUGGCAGACCCUGGCCCACUGGCUGCCACAGCUUUUGGAGCAGGUGGAGUCUGGCGCCUUCGUGUCCCCCCUCGAGGUAGGUGAUCACAGCUGCUGUUGGGUGUCUACACUGCGGUAUCUCCAAGUCAGGUGGUUUCACUGUUGGACCCACUUAAUGGAUAAGGAAACUGGAACUUAGAGCAACAGACUGGCUUACCUGGGACAACACAGUCAGAAAACCAUCCCGUUGGUUGGUUGAUGACAACCAGUCUGUCUUGAUGUCCGCACCCCUUCCACUGUGCAGGCCUCCCCCUCGCAGACCUGUGGGAAGUGAAUGCUCCAUAAGUGUGAGGUCUCUGUGGAGGACUGGUGCAGAUCCACCUGCUGCAGGUGCUAGGUCCUCCGCUGGGGAGCUGGCUGGGCUUUGUUUACCUUGUACAUCCUGGGAGCAUCUGAACACAAGCCCUUCUCCCAGAGCACAGUUGCAGAGAGCAGGUUUUUCUAGAGAACUAAGUAGAAUGCGUAGCUCAAACUAAAUGUUCAACAUCUUGUUUAUUCUCAGAAUAUUUGUGCCAAAAUUUAAGUCUAGUGAGGGGGGAAAACCGUGGAGAGAAACCUGGGAAAGGUCCAGUGCAGGCCCCCAGGGGCAGUGUCAGCAGCAGGUAGACAUGGCCCACCGCCUCCUGCCUCUCCUGCUGAACCUGUCUCGGAAGGUGCAUCCCGGGUCACCUUUGUGCCUUGCUUCUCCACUCUCUGAUAUCUAAAGCAGCUCCUUUUCUAAGGAUGGGAGGACAGAUGUUCCAUGUUUCAAGGCCAGCCAACGGGAUGCUUCCUUUUCUCCAGCAACAAAAACCCUGUCUUUUCACCUUUGCUGCCAGGAAUCUCAGAGAUAAUUUAGUGUUUGAUUUUCUUACCUAUAUUACUUCACCUUCUGGGUGGACAUUACCUCCACCUAUAUGAUUCUGAUUUAUUAUUUCAUUCCUUAUUGCCUUUUUGUAUGUUUAUUUUUAAAUUACUUUGAAUAUAUUUUGGGGGGAGCAAAUAAGUGUAAAUUGUAUACAGAC